UCGAAUGCGUGAAGAAGUGGAGUUGGAAAAAAGUGUGAGGCGACUGAGAGAGAAGUUUCAUGGACUUAUUGAAAUUGACAAGGCUGUAUUGCUUAUGCGACGCUAUGGAAACAACCAUCAUAUGGUUGCAAUGUGUGUCGCCCUGAUGGCAGAUAACGACAGGGAGCCCCAUGUACCUGGUACCGAAUGCGUUCACCCACACAGUAGACAGAAGAACAGGAAGCCACGUGUGGUUUACCUCAGCCCCGCUCACAUCAGCAGCGGAUCCACUGUCAACACCUGUCUAAGUCCGAGCAGUCUGAUAGAAAGCAUCAAUGAGCUCAUUGAAGAAGAGUCUGACAGACUCUGACAGCAGCACAAUCAGUUAAACCACUUACAUCACUUCAGCUGUUGCUUUGAAUGAAACAUCAUAUCACUUUUGAUGUAAUUUCAAAUAAUACACUCAAAGUAACCAAUGUAUUAAGGCGUAGGCAGCCUGAAUUAAAUAUGUAAUGCACUGCAGGCUAUAUGAACACAGUGCAACACACACCAAACACAGAAUGCAGAUAAGGAAUGAUUAACCCUUGAAUUAUGGAUCAAUUAAUACGCAUCCUGAGGUACUACUGCUGC